AUGGUCCGAGAUGUCUUUGCGCUCCACGCCAUCGUCGCCGGCGAUGACAUGAGGUUCCCCUUCUCCCUCCGGGAUUACCAGCGCUACAUCUUUGGCGACGACAGAGUGGCCCAUCGUCUCGGCACGGACCUCGCCAAGGCCUUCAUUCCCACCAUCUCCAGCCCUCCACUCGACUUCGCCGUUGCCGUCUUAUCCGAGAAGGUCCCCACGGCCACUCACAGCCUGCGCAACCACUUUGUUGCUUACCUCAACCGCCAUCUCAUUGCCAACAACGCUGCGCCCGCCCUCAAGCUCGACUUCCACCAUGUGGGGGCCUCUGCCAAAAAAGCCCGGGGCGGUCCGCCCCCCGCCACAGCCACAGCCGCCGUCUACCACAUCGACACGCAGCGUCUGCAGAACCGCACCCUCAUAGUCCUCGCCGACAUCAGGACCGGCCAAGACCGCGAAGACCGCAUCCGCGCCUCGUUUGCCGUCCAGGGCAUCACCACCGUCUUCGCCUACCUGGCCGCCCUCGACGAUGCCGCCGCCACCCCCCAACUCUCCACCUUUCUCUCGUCCGUCGUCAGCCCGUCCAUCAAGGACAUUGAGAGCAUUGCCCAGGGCCCCAGCUUCGUCAUGAACGAGUGCUUUGUCAAGUUUAUCCUCGAGAGGGACGACGUCGAGUUUUGCCAGUUCAUCAGGCGCCAAGACGACCACUUUGCUCGGCUGUUGCUGGAUCAUGCCAUCAAUAGUCACUACCACGACGACGACGAGCACAAAGGCAACGUCAGGUUUCUGCUGUGGGAGAUCCAAGCACGCGAGAGCGUAUAGCUUGCAAAAGCCAUUCUCGACUUCAUGUAACAGUGAACAACGAGCGCGGCAACAAACAAUUCACAUCUUCAUCCUUUGACUCAUCCGUCUUCGCCAUAACGUUUGACCAAGCUUCUGUCACGAACCAAGCAUUGGCUGGUGAUAGCGCCACAUGCGUCUGGUUAGGAAAUGCGCCGGAGAAGGAACGAAUACCACAAGGGACGGGCCAUGCACAUCACUAUGACUUGCAUGCCACACUCAGACGGUAGUGAUGGUGACUGGCCACUGCGACUGUCACAUGACACGCCUCGAGGCACUGCCAAC